GUUGUUGUAGGUCAAUUUGGGACGGAGCUUCAAAUCGGAAAAUCUUCUAAACCUAAAAAACGAAAAUACUCAAAGAGUUGUUCCAUCUCUCCGGUACCGGAAAUCUCGUGAUUUGGGAAAGCUAUAAUGGCCAAGAGAGAGAUUAGUAGCACUCUCAGAAAUCUAAAGUUUAUGCAAAGGUCUGCUUUGAAAGUAGAGAAGAAGAAGGUUGAUGAAGAAGAGCCUAAUGGGAGUUUUCCUUCCCAAGGCACUGUUGCAAAGAAGUGUGUGGUCAUAACAGACUGGGAUCCUCAGCCAGGAGCAUUGUUAGGACGCAUGUCAUUUCAGUCUUUCAAUCCCUCUAUCGAGAAAUUGAAUGAAGAGGCAAUAAACGGUGGAAAAACAGAUGCUUCUCCCUCAAGCUCUAGCAGUAAUGGAGGAAAGAAGUCUUUUAGUGAACCGGAGAGUACGAAGGUUGAGCCAAGUCGGGAAAUGAAUGGUGACUUGAAAAGAAAACAGUCUGAGGUAGUCUCCGAGGAACAAAACCGUCCUAACAAGUCUCCGAGGAGCAGUGACAAACCAUCACCGAGCAAUAAAAAAGGCAAUGCGUUCAAGAAACCCAAGAGCAAGAAGGUGGACUGGAGCGUUUUGAGGCCACCAAAACCUCAAACCAAAUAGGGGUUAAAUCAGCUAACUGCAGCAACCUAUUUGCCAUUAGUUCACAUCAGUUCAUAUGUUCUAGUAGAUCGUUCAUUGUGCUGUCUGUAUUCACGUGGUGUCGCAACCCGUUUGAUAAAUUAUAGCCAAAAGUUUUGAACUUUUUGGGGUUAAAUGCUUGUGUUAUCUUCAGAUCUUUGAUUAAACAAUUUAUCUUUUAAACAAGGGUUGAAUACAA